UGUUCUUCUUGGGAUGUGUGAAUUUAAUAUGAGUGUGUAACAAAUGUUAUUACUAUUUAAAUACAUUGUGGUCUAUUAUCAUUACUAAGCUUUCAAAAUUCAUAAACAUUUACAAUUAAGUUUAUUUAAAUUGAGCAUUGAAAUAUUGAUAGUACAAAAAUACACAAUAAAAUUGAAAUUAUGUAACACAAAUUGUAAUAUAUAGUAAACUAAAUUGUUUUUUAUUAGUAAACUCUAUUACUUAAUCAAUUUUACCCAGCUAACUCUGAAUAAAUUCCUCCAAUAGCAUUGACGACUUUGUUUCAGGUUUUGGGUCUCGGCACUGCCAAGCCUUUAUGACAUUUCUAUGUAUGGUUCUUGCUUACUCGAUGCGGGUCAACCUCUCUGUAGGCAUUGUGGCCAUGACAGACAGCAAGGGCUCCAAUCCGGACUUCAUGGUAAUUGAUUCAGGUUCUACCAUGGAGCACAACUCGACAAGGUAUCAUCCUGAGUUCAUUCUUCUGGGGUUACCUGAUCACCCAAAUCCCGGCAGGUCACAUGGCACGCAAGUUUGGCCCUAAGUACUUACUGUUCGGCGCGAUGUUGGUGUGCUCUGUGUUCACACUGCUGAGUCCGUUCAUAGCAGAGAACUGUAGUUGGAUGUACUUUUGCCUGACCAGGGUGGUUCAAGGACUUGCCCAGGGAUUUUUCUUUCCCUGUGUCAACACCCACAUGGCGAAAUGGGCACCACCACCAGAAAGAAGUAGAAUAUUCUCUUUUGUUUUUGGAGGCACCCAGUUUGGUACUGUGGUCACGCUGUUCGUAGCCGGGUAUCUGGCUGCAGGUCCAUGGGGUUGGCCCAGUAUCUUUUACAGCACUGGACUGUGUGGUGUGUUGUGGGCAGUGGCCUGGCUAUUUUUAGGUGCCAAUUCCCCGGACACCCAUCCUUCCAUCAGUGACAACGAGCGGGAAUACAUCAAGGCAGCCCUUGUUAGCAGCUCAGAUCAAAGCAGUACGAUGCGAACUCCUUGGAGGGAUAUAGUGACCUCAGUGCCAUUGUGGGCCUUGCUGAUUGCUCAUCUGGGUCAAAACUGGGGCUUCUGGAUGUUGCUGACCAUGCUCCCCAACUACCUGAGCCAUGUCCUCGGUUUCAACAUCAAGAGUAACGGACUAAUUUCAUCUAUACCAUACAUGGUGAUGUGGGGUCUGACGAUUGUGUUCUCUUGGAUAGCUGACUACAUCAACGAGAAGCGCCUGCUACCCCUCAAUGUUUCCAGAAAGAUGUGGAACACCAUCGCACACUGGGGUGGUGCGGCAGCUCUCGUGGCAUUGUCCCUGAUCUCCACCAGUGUCACAGGAGCGGUCGUGCUUUUGACUGUCUCAGUGGCACUCAAUGCUGGCGUUUACACGGGCUUCCUGACCAACCACCUGGACCUGUCACCCAACUUUGCUGGGCUGCUCAUGGGCAUCACCAACGGCAUGUCCAACGUAACCUCUAUCCUGAGCCCCAUGAUCACCGGCUUCAUAGUUUCUGACCAGACGAGUAGAGAUCAGUGGAUGGUGGCCUUCUACAUUUCAGCAGCCAUAUUCUUUGUAGGGAACUUGGUCUUCAUUGUCUUUGGCUCAACAGACGUACAACCCUGGAACGACCCACUGCGAGAGGAUUCAAAAAAUGAGAAAGAAAAUAAGUCUUCUGAAAUAUAAAUAUGUACAUCUUAGGUGCCUUUUGAGAGGGAUAAGAGCUAUGAAUGUGUAGGUACUUGUAAAAUAAUUUUUACGUAAUUUUCCCAAACGAGUUGUGAUUGCUAAAGAGCUUGUUUUAACCAAAGAGCUUUUAACGUUUUGUGAUCCAUGUCAAAGGUAGCAUAACUUAUUCAGAGUGCUUUAUUGUGUAAAAAUAAAAACUGUAUAGCAAAAUUUGUUAUGUCUCUAAUUAGAUAAGGACUUAAAGAGUACCGGUAUACAAAACUAUGCUUUUAAUAAUUUUUUUGAAAACUUAAGGUGAAAGUAGAUCCCCAAUAUGGAUACGUUUGUUUUUACCCCAUAGUUGGGACCAUUUUUUUGUCAGUACGUAGAAGAAAAUGGCUCAAAUGUUAAUUUUCAAAGUU